AUGGAUCACCACCACCCGCAGCAGCAGCAGUACGGCGACCCUUACCGUGGGCUCGUGCCGUCCCCGCAGCCCGACCACCACCUCCACGCCCUCCAGUACCACCAGCCGCAGCCACAGCAACAGCCGGCGCUGAUGUCUCCACCACAGCCGCAGCCGGCACUGAUGUCUCCACAGCCGCAGCAGGCACUGAUGUCUCCACCGCAGCCGCAGCCGCAUCACCACGCCUCGCUUGCCUCCCACUUCCACCUCCUCCAUUUGGUUACAAGAUUAGCUGAUGCGAUUGGUACAGGAACAAGGGACCAAAAUUCUGAUGCACUGGUUGAAGAGUUGACCAGCCAGUUUGCUAGGUGCCAACAACUGUUGAACUCCAUAUCAGGAACAAUAAGCUCAAAGUCUACUACGGUUGAUGGACAAAGGCAGAGUUUGGACGAAACACGCCAGCUGCUUGAUCAAAGAAAGGAGUUGAUUACAAAGUACAGAAGCUCUGUCGAAGACCUCCUUAAGGGAGAUAAAAGAUAA